UGUUGUAUUUUGUCCUACAGUGUUUAUAAUAUCUUUCGAUGGAGAAGCGUCUGUGUUGUGACAGGGUGGCUAGUAAAAAUCUAGGUCAAAUACAUUUUUUAACCAAUAGGAGCACCUCAGAUGUGUGGGGUUAUUUCUGACGUUUUAUCUAAUCUCAAACCGUUUGUUAUUAACUAAUCUGUGAAUCGUUCAAUCUGUUUUUGUGAGUCAACUGAUACAUAUUCUUCAUUGCCUCCUUAUGAAGAACUGCAGGGCUUUCUCUCGUCCAUGUGUUAAUUGGCCUCAAUAUGUGGACAUCUACACUGUACUGUAUGAUCAAAAAUUUUACUCCUAAUAUCAAAGAAGAAAAAAACAUUCUUACAGCCUUGUAAAAUGGGUAUCUACUUCUGUGUUGACAUCUGGCAUUGGGUGUUGAUUGUUAUAUCUUGCUUCACUCCACAGAUGGCAUGAUUUCCACCAGGCUGUUUCCCAUCCGAGGUUUAGUCCAAUCAUUGUCCCAGGGUGACAGCAGGGGUUAUAAGCGGUUAAAUAACACAUUUUAACAGCUACGCACACCAUUCAUUCACUUGCAGAAGGGCCUGGUGAGGAAUUCGCUGGCUUCUGGACAGCCAUGGACAAACUAAAGACUCUGUUUGCUGCUGUCCUGUCUCUGGGAAUGGCCGCAGAAGCCUCUCUGGGCGUUGUGCAGACAGAAGGUGGCAGUGUUCAGGGCCAGAAUAUCCCCCUCGGUCUUUACCGCUCUGUAGAUGUUUUCAAAGGAAUUCCCUUUGCUGCCAAACCUGGAACAUUUGAGAAACCCAAACCUCACCCUGGCUGGAAUGGUAUAUUGAAGGCAACAAAGUUUGCUCAGAGAUGUCUUCAGAUGAGCAUGCUCCAGACUACAAGUUUUGGUAGUGAAGACUGCCUCUACCUCAACAUCUGGGUUCCUCAUGGCCAAAAGGUGUCAUCAAAUCUCCCCGUCAUGAUUUGGUUGUACGGAGGAGGCUUCUUUGUCGGUGGUUCUAUGGGGCCAAAUUUUCUCAACAAUUAUCUGUACAGCGGUCAGGAAAUUGCAGACAAGGGCAAUGUUAUUGUGGUGUCUGUGGGAUACCGUGUGGGAACCCUGGGCUUCCUCAGUACAGGGGACUCUCGCUUACCUGGAAACUACGGCCUUUGGGACCAGCAUGCCGCCAUCGCCUGGGUGAACAGGAACAUCCGCUCGUUUGGAGGAGACCCGGACAACAUCACCAUCUUUGGAGAGUCUGCUGGUGGAGCUGGUGUCAGCUUCCAGACUCUCUCCCCCCACAGCAAAGGGCUGUUCAAGAGAGCCAUCUCCCAGAGCGGGGUUGCCUUCUGCCCCUGGGCACUGAACAGGAACCCACGCAAGGUGGCAGAGGAGGUAUGUCAUUCUGUCGGCUGCCCCACUGAUGACAGGAUGGCGGCCUGCCUGAAAUCACUGGAUGUUGAGGAGUUCAGUCUCUCAGGGCACUUUUCCAUCUCAGGGACCCCUCCUGCUGUUGCGAGUUAUCCCGGUGUGAAAAACCUGUCUCUGUCUCCUGUUGUUGAUGGAGACUUCCUCCCUGAUCAGCCUGGCAACUUGUUUCACAACGCCGCUGAAAUUGAUUACCUUGCAGGGGUUAACAACAUGGAUGGAUAUCUGUUCACCUCGAAGGACAUUCCUUCCCUUGGUGACAAGAAUCAAGACACUCUAGUAGAAGACAUAAAGAGGCUCCUUGCUGCAUACACCAAAGAGACGGGGCAAGCUGGUUUGGAGAUUGCCUUUGCUGAAUACUCGUCCAACUGGGGAUCAACACCCACCCAGACCACCAUUAAGACAGCUGCUGUGGAUAUUGGGACUGACUACCUCUUCCUGGUUCCUACACAGACUGCCAUCGUCCAGCAUGCAGCUAAUGCCAAAUCUGGCCGUACCUACUCCUACCUGCUGUCUGAGCCCAGUUUAUUGGCUGGACCAGGCAAACCCUACCACGACUGGGUGGGAGCCGAUCACGCUGAUGACCUGCAGUACGUGUUUGGCAAACCCUUUACCACACCAAAGGCUUAUGGGGGCAGACAGAGAGACCUGUCUGGCUAUAUCAUUGCCUACUGGACUAACUUUGCCAGAACUGGAAACCCAAACAAAGGAAACCUAAAGGUGCCUGUGACUUGGCCUGAAUUCACCAGCACUGGACAGCAGUUCCUGGACAUCAAUGCUAAGAUGAAUGCAAGCUCCAUUGGACAGGAAAUGAGGCAGCGUUUUGUCCACCUUUGGACCAGCACCCUUCCCAGCCUCCCAUCACAUGCUCAGUGAUGCAUUUUUUCAUUUAAAAUACACCAAAUAUACAAAUAAAAGUGUGUACAAUGAACCUCAUGAGUUAAAAAUAGAAAUGUCAGGGUCAACUUGAAUGCCUACCUAAAGUUGUAGCUUUUAU